UAGUGGACAGAUGCAGGUGGCGAAAAGCAUUAACGAUGACAUUGAAGGUUUUUGUCGUGUUCCAUGUGAUGCUAUUGUUCCUGUUUUUGUGAGCUGGUCCACCAUGACUUAAAAGCAGCAAAAUUAACCGAUCAAGUGUUAGUAGUGUUUGUUUAGGUCGAUCGUGUUGUACAUAAAGUAUCCCAAAGUGUAGCUAAAGCGUGGUGCGCUGGUUAUGUCGUUGGACGAAAUCUGUUGGAAACUGCUGAUGUUUCCCUGGUUGGUGAAACUAGCUCAUUGGAAGGGAAUCUGUUUGAAUCGGUUGCAAACAACGACUCCAUUCCCGUUCAUUACACUGCCGCCCAAUUUUACCUUUCCUGCUUCGACUGUGUCCUCCGCGAUUCCGUUUACACCGCUGACAAGCCCAUCGUUGACGUUCAGCACAGGAACGCCCUCAACAGGGCCACCGUUUACCUCGACCACGUUUGAAACUGCGAGUCCAACCGUGUCUUUAACGUUUUCCACCACCGCCGUAACAGCAACAAUUCCGGUGUCUUCAUUUACCUCUACCACAUUCAAUACUCAACCAUCCACGUUCACUACAGGCGGCACAACGUUCCCUACAAAUUCAAUCACAAAUCCUGUUCUAACUUCUACUCCUAGCACUCCACUUUUCCCAACUGUGACUUUUACAAAUCCAUCGACAAGAAGUACACUCCCGGGUGCGAUACUAACGUCCACUUUGCCACCUGUUACGCCCGUAACGGGCAUAUCACCCCUGCCAACGUUUCCCACCUUCCUUUCCACGAUCAAUCCACCUAUUUUAACCAGUACAGUUCCUAGUACAAUCCCACAAACUUCCGUUUCCUGUCCUUCAAUUCCACCGACCUGUCCACCGUCCGUGUUAACGUCUACCACGUUUUCUGGGUUUGAUCCUAUGCCCAGCAUCGAUCCUAGACAGUUCUACAACGGAUGUCCGUGUAUAGAUCCAAGAGUUAUAAUAGCUACUACUGCUAGAAGUUGA